CGUUCAACAGCUUGUGCAUAUGAAAGCAUGCGGAUGGUCAGAGGGGGCGCUGUGACAUGAAAAACUGCAGGAAGUGCAACGAUCAAAGAGAAGAAGAAGAAGAAGGAAACGGCGCGUUCUCAGGACUGUUUGAAUCCCGGUAACGAACUUUCAGCCUGUCGUGCUGCAGCUAUGGCUCAAGGUCAAAAGUUCCAGGACCUGGAGGAGAUGGGAGAGGCUCUGCUGGAGUACAUCAACAGCAGCCAAACGGAGAAGGUCAAGGAGAUCAGAAGUGAACAGCAGGCUCUGUUUGAGCUCCAUGUAGAAACCAAGAAGGUGGUGACACACAUUUUAAAUGAAGCCACUCAGAUUGAGGAGACUGUUGGUCAGCAGCUGCUGGACUUGGAGGAGGAGAAGCAGCAAAGGGAGCAGGAGCUGAAGAACCUGGAGGAGCAGCUGAGACAGUGCAUAGCCAAGAGCCAGAUCUCCGACUCCGAGAUAGAUCUGCUGAAGGCAGAGUUGGAGAAUCUCAGGAGAAGUGAAGCUCAGCUGGAGGCUCUUCAGAGUGAGGUGGAUGAAGACACCACAGAGGUCAUCCCCUCAGCAGUCUACGUGGCCAAACUGUACCACCUCAUCACCAAGAUCAAGUGGGAAUACGACACCCCCCCACACACCCUGAGAGGAGUUCACUAUGGUAAAGAUCUGGCCACGCCCAUCAACAUGGACACGUCAGCUCAGAGUCGGUGCAGCGUCAGCGAUCACCUGUGGGACUUUGUCAGCACUGAGUGGUAGACACACACACACACACACUCAGAAUACAUUGGUCACUGUGUGUGUAUGUGUGUGUGUGUUCAUUUAUUUGUUUUCUACUGUUUAUACUUUUAUGGUUCACUACACAUGUAUUAAACUCCAUGAUUUUUCCAAAUUAUACUUGUUAUUACGUCCUUGCUGGAGCGAUUGUUCGUCACUAGAUGGCACUGUUGGGUCACCGUAGUGACUGCCACAGACGCGUCUCUACAGUCUCUCCCACUGAGCCUUAGGUCAUUAGUUGGUUUCUUCAAAAUGAUUAUUAGUUAGUUAAGAUAACAAUUAAUUCAACUCACCCGCCGCACAUUUAUUUGUUAACCCAAAUAAAAAUGUUUUAUUAUUUUC